UUUUAGAAUUCAUAUUAGGAUGUUAAUAAAACAUACUUGGUUGUAAAUCUAGAUCCUGGUAAAAUAAUUGCAACAGUGGGAUACUCUUAUUUUAAACCAGGUUAUAAUUAGGGUUAGGGCUUUAUUUGUUGUGUUGAAAUCAGUCUCUAAAGCUUGGAAGAGAGAAUAGUUGUACAAUAUGAGACUCCUUACUCAUAACAUGCUGUCCUCUAACAUCAUUGGGGUCACCAAUGGCUUCCCUCUCCGGAUCGAAGUGGUGAAAGUAGUCGAGAAAGAGGUUGAACUAAACCCCGAUUUUCUCAAAUCCAUGUUCUCCAAAAUUGACUGGAACGCCCUAGUCAAGGCGGCUCGCUCAAUCGACUACACUGAGCUCCCCAACGAGGUUGAUCCUUGUAUGCAUGACUCCGACGACUUCCUUUGCCGUUUUCACCACGCCCUCCUCCAACUUCACCUCGAAGAAGGCACCCUUAUCUGCCCUGAGAUUGGUCACCAGUUCCCUAUCACCAAGGGAAUCCCCAAUAUGUGUGUACACGUGAACAGUCCACUGUGGCACUUAACUGUGAUUUUUGGACGUAGUUGUACAGAGAAAAACGGAACCAGAGUUAGGUAG